AUGGCGCGCAUCGUGCAGGACUCAGACGACGAGCUGGAAGAUGACCUCGAGGCCGACCUGCCACCCCCAAAACGACCUGACGCGUCCGAUGCAAUCAAGGGACCAAGCGAGCAAGCACGGCCUGCUCACGCACAGCUUCAGCCCAGCCAAGAUGAACCUCAGUCCUCGGUCUCCUUGCCUGAACUUCCAAACAAAACAAGGAAAACUGACACCCACCCGAGCCCUGCCCAAUUCCGGCUCAGUCUUUCACCCAAAAAGAAGAGCCCUCUUAUCUAUAGCAAGGACACGCACCCCCCUGGAGCAACCUGGACCUUGGAAGGCACCAUGCGUGAUGACUAUGCCCGCCACGAACCAGGCAUGUUUGCUGAGCCCUCCAGUACCAUCCCCAACGCCACCAUGACCCAACAACGUGUCUUGGACGUUGUCAAUGCUCCAGUCAUGCUGGGGCAAGAGCCCGAGACAGGAGGCCCUUACUAUCUGCCUCCGCCUGAAGCGUCAGUGCCCUGGUCAGAUCUAAUGAGGUUCACGCCUGCAGAAGCAACUGAGCAGACGGAAUCAUCGGGUCGUGAGCCACCCCCUGACAUGCCAUUCACUGCGCCUCUUGCAACUCCCCAGAAAGACCCAGGGCUUUCCUCAUCGCAAGGGGGCAGGCGUACAUCCUCUCUUCAUCCAAAGGAAAGUCGAUUGACGAACAAGCCUUCUCCCGUCGAGAUCUACCACGGCGAACGUGAACCGGUGCCCCCUAGGGCAGGUCUCCAGCCAAUCACCGAGAUACCAAUAGCUGCACGGCCCGAAUCUCAAAGCAGCGAACAAGUGGGGGCGAAGAUAACGUCUCGUCACCAAAACAGCCAAUUGCCAUCUAGUUCUGAUGACGAACUCAUUGUGGUUGGGCUGCCAGAGGAACGGUACAAGCCACGGCCUAGUCGUUCAAGAUCGCUCAAGAUCGACAUGGAGCAGUCAAUCGACUACUCUGUUCGACCUGAGAAAGCUAAGAGGAUCAGCAAACGUCGGAGAGCGACAGCCGACAUGGGCCCCGCAAAUACGUUUACGACACCGGAAAAAGUUCGACAGAUCUGCGAUAUGGGCUUCACGCCUGCAACUACUGCGGGGGCUUUGAAAAGGAAUUGCGGUGACGUCAUUCAGACCAUCGAUUGGCUAGUCGCUAACAAUGUCGGCCAUGACGAGCUGGCGCCGCAAAGUCCGCCAACAACGAAGCCUAAACCCAGAAAAGCAGACGAGCCUCACGCAAUGCAUGUGGAGACUGUACAGGACAUAAUGCGCAAUCUGAAUGAGUACCGCCGAGACGACGGCGAGACGGGCCAAGGUGCUCCGCCAGCAAUGCCGGAUACGGACAAUGCUACAAUGCAGGAUGGAUUUGCAAACAUUGCCGCAACAACCUCAAAUGCAGAAACAACUCCAAACACGAGUCCUGUAAAAGUACAGGUGGUGAUCCCUAAGAAAUCACCUAACGCUUCCACGACACAAGCAGAAGAAGAUAUACACAUGCUUAGCAACAAAGCAAAACGCAGGAAAACUACGUUGGAUACCUCUGAAGCAGAAGCAGUUACAACACCAGUCAAUGUUACCGAGGUGGUCACCGAGAAGAAGAAGGGUCGAGGUCGCCCAAAGAAAACUGCCAGUCCUGCCCCGACUGUCAAACACGUCAAAAUCUCCGAACAGGAUACCAAAGAAGAGAAGCCCAGUGGAUGCUUGCAAAGCGUCGAGCCGAACUCGGCCACAGACCGUAUAGAUGGCAACUCUGGAACCUCGGCUAAGAAAGCAGAAUCUCUCGAACCGAUGGACUCUGAGAGUGCAGCCCACUUCAAACCUCUGGCGAAGCCUUGUGCAACGGCAGGAUCAGAUACCCCAGAAAGAUCGACAAAACCCGCAACCGCUUCGCCGAUGAACAAAAACAAAGUGCAGUACCGUGUGGGACUAAGCAAACGAGCGAGGAUUGCUCCGUUGCUACGCACCUUGAAGAAAUGACGGGGCCAAGCAGGUGUUCCGCACUGGGAGCAGCAUGCAAUUCACGAUAGUACCAUGUAACGAAAACCAAAU